AUGAUAAGUUAUUCAUUUCCAUUAGUUGAACAUAUAAGUACAUGGCCUGUUAAAUCAAGAUCAGAUAUUAUUUAUAUUAUUGGGUUAUUCAAACAAUUAUUAAGUAUAUCAUUUGUUAUUCAUCAAUCAAUCGACAAGAUAAAAAGAUCUUCGGAAUUUGAUUCACAAUUGAUUCUUAAUGAUAUCGAAAAAUAUCUUCAUUGUUCGGCAACGUGUCGAAUUGAUUUGACAUCAGAAAAUGAUCGUAAACCUGAUCUUCUUCAUUUUUGGCUUCGUGAACGAUCGCUGAAUGAAAUUUUGUUCAAUAAUGAAAAACGAUCUCGAUUUAAGUAUUUUUGGUAUAAAAUCAAAAACUUAUUUGGAAUUAGAGAAGAAGAAGAAAUAGAUGAUGAAGAACAACAACAGCAGCAGCACCAAGAAGAAGGGGAAGAAGACGAGGAAAAAGAAGACUUCGAAAUCAAUAUCAAUCAUGAAGAUAACCCAGGUUAUUAUGGGACGGUCGGUUCCGGCCGGAAUCCGGCGGCAAGGAACCUGCCGGAACUUGCUGGAAUCGGCGAAAACUGUGCCGGAAUCGAGAAGAGCUGUACCGGAACUGUCUCAGAUUUCAACGGAUCCAGUCGCCGAAAUGAUCGACCUGGGUUAAUUUAUCCAGGUGAUGAUUCACGUAAAGCACAACGUGUUAAAUCGAUGCCGCAGGAAAAACUUAAAGCUGUACGUGGUUAG